CAAUGACUUUUGCACCCCUCUCGUUCCCUUCCUCGAUGCUUGCCAGUCUCUGUGUACGCUUCUCGAAGCGUGCACCGAAAAUCCUGCCACCCACCGAGCCUCCUCUCGUUGCCCUUCAACGGUGUGCACCAAGGGUUCAAAGUUAGAAGCCAACCCCUUUUCGCGCAGGCCGCUUUCGACCGACCAAUAGUCGUCGAGCAGCCACGAUUUCCACCCUUGGCUCGCGAGUUAACUCGACCAAUGGGCGACCGGUUGCCGCAGACGGGUAGGGGUGGCAUGGCGCUUCCACCCCCAAAAUGGCUGCGAAAUCGCGCGAGCAUUAGGCAGCCCGUUCGAAAUAAACGGGCGGAUUAAUUGUAGAAGGGUAGCGAGGAGGUGCGUCGGUGUAACUCGUGCCAGUAACUUUUCCAACCCCCACCUGCGAUGCUUUCGGAGCAACAUGCGCUCGUCGCGGAGGAUACCAAAUCUUUGGACAGACAUAUCCGGUCAUCCGCUGCGACGCAGAACGACGCUUAGCGUCCGCAGGUUAGCAUGAUAAUUCUCGGGUCGGUCGUUGUUCGAGUGUUUUCGUGCCGAUACACAGCUUGCGAUCAGCUGAUUCGUGCGGUUACGGUAUUUUAAAAGAAACGUUGGUUCUUCGAACGGUUACUUCUGAGAGACAGAAGUGAUGAUGCAGGAGCACAAGUCGUUCCUUAUAAGGGAUCUUCUAGGGGAUGUUUUGUCGGAACGUGUACACGAAGAUUCGGAGGACGAUUCGGCAGUUCAUUCGGAUUCCGAGGACACGAUCGACCCUGGAAGUAGUCCGUGUACGCGAUUGGAAAGUCCUCCUCCGACGCUCUCACCUUCACCGGCACCAGCAACCUCCGGCAAGUCCUGUGGAUCCGCGAACGGUCCUCCUAGCGGACGGAAACCUAGGAGAAGACGAACAGCGUUCACUCAUGCCCAGCUUGCUUAUCUGGAGAGAAAGUUUCGUUGUCAAAAGUAUCUGAGCGUCGCGGACCGAAGCGACGUCGCCGAUGCCCUGUCACUAUCGGAGACCCAAGUUAAGACCUGGUAUCAAAACAGAAGGACCAAAUGGAAGCGACAGAAUCAGCUACGUCUAGAGCAGCUACGCCACCAAGCGACGGUAGAAAAAGAGCUGUUGGUGCGAGGCGUAGGUCUUCACCAUGGGAGCAUAGACGCCUAUUGCCCACCGUACAACGCACAGACCCAAACGCAAAGUCAUCCGCCUCCACCGCCGCCACCGCCAGCUUCUUCCACCGCCUCGACGGCCGCCUUCCUCUCCACCGCUGCCGCUCUCUUUCGAAACGUCACCUACGUUCACGGAUGUCCGCUUUAACCAGGCCUAAUACCACGGUUCCAGGAUCGUUUCCGCUUUCCAGAGACCGUCGUCAGCGUUCCUCUCUUCAAAGUAUCUUCUUCUUCGAUAACGAAGCGGAUACUCAACGCGGUGAACCUCUGCGACCUCGAAUACCUUUGCCGACAGUUUCGAAACUUUUGCAUCGAGCUCUCGCUCAUCGGCCUCGUUGAAUCGUUCGUGCACAUCAUAGUUCUUAGUUGUUUCACAGUGAAGUGCGGGAAUUGAGGAAGAAAGAGUUUACGUUCACCAUCUUGGCGUUUUGAGUUACAGGGAAGCACCUAGACGAUUUCGUGCUCCACCCUUGGAGUUGUUUCUCGUGUUUAUCUUUUGCAUGCGAGACGGCAGUGUACAUAUGUAAUUACGAAGUUGGUCGGUAGUUGUCGUCGGUUCUUAUUUCAAAGAAUAACCGGGGAAAAAGGCGGGAUUAGGGGAAAUCUUUAGAAAGCGGAUCUGCUUUCAUCGUUCGAGAACAUUUGCUUGUUCUAAGUUACACUUCGAUCAUUUCUUUUGUUAAUCGAAACGAACAAGUCGACGAUUAACGCGUUUCGUGCCGUACGAGCUAUUAAUGAACCACGUCAUUUGUAGCAAGUACGAUUUUAAACAAUUUCUUGAGAAACUUUUAGAUUAGGUUGCGUGACCGUAUGAAUACGACGACUCGGUUCUUCUUAAUAGUAACUAUGAUUCUCUCAUCGUUACACGGCACGGAACAAGUUAACCGAGAAAAGUCUAGUUAAAUCGGUAGCAAGUUGAAUUUGUAGAUUUGAUAUAGGGUUGUAGGUAACCAUAACGAGAAAGAGAAAACGAAAGAAAAGAUGUUUAUUACGAUUUUCGUUUAGAGAUUUAGUUCGCUAACGCUGAUAGUCGAUCACCUUUUCCAGUUAGUCGACGACUUUUCGUCAACGACAAAUUUCUUGUAGAUAAAUAAAUUAUUAUCAAACUGAA